UGACCCUAUUCCUUUCGCGCAGCAAACUACUCCAUCAGCCGUUGCCUGACGACAGAUGAUAAAUAAACAAUGAAAACCAGUCACUGACGACUCACCGUCCCAUGACCGGCCCAAUGCAGGUUUCGUCUGUGUGUGCUAGAACGAAUUACGCCCCCAAAGAAGAAAAUAAAGCCACCAUAUAGUAACCGAAUGCUUUACAACAAUAUUACUAAUUACUGUUCAGACUGUUACCCAAGUGUGCGUUUCAAGAGCUGGAGCGCGAAGGAGACUCAAGCCCCAAAAUUACCAUGUUUCUCUCGCCAGGAACCUAAAAACAAAACUCCCAGAUUGUGUCAGUUUUGUUCCUAUUUUUAUUGCAUGGGCAUCCAAAAUGGGAAGCGAACAGAAACCGACCACCAGAAACACCUGGCUUCUCCCCUCUAAACCUCUAGAUAUAAGACCCCGAGGCUUCGUUAGAGCAAAAUAAGCAAAUAGGGCAGCAAACUAUGUCAGCUCCAAACCUCAAUGCCGAGUUGCAGCACAAUCAGAGUCUUCCUCUCUUGUCGAACAGAGCUGAUGGCAACAAUAUGAGCCCCAUGCGAAAAGCAAUAGGCCAGACAUACCAGAGCACUGGCCACCUAGCGAAACUCCUUCCUUCAGGGACGGUUCUUUCCUUCCAGCUCCUAGUCCCUACCCUUGCAAAACAAGGCCACUGCGGUGACAUGAAUCGGGUGAUGACAGGAGGGCUCGUUGUGCUCUGUGCACUCUCCUGCUUUGUUCUCAGCUUCACGGAUAGCUUCAGAGAUGUGGAAGGGAAGGUACGAUAUGGGUUCGCCACAUUCAAGGGACUUUGGGUCAUUGAUGGUGGGGCUCCUCUUGAACCACUUGCAGCGGCAGAAUACAGGAUGCGGUUUUUAGACUUUGUACAUGCCAUUGUUUCAGCGAUGAUUUUUGUUGCAAUCGCACUGUUCGACCAAAAUGUUGUAUCUUGCUUCUAUCCAAUACCAUCCGAGGAUGCAAAGCAACUUCUCACAGCAUUGCCAGUUGUCAUUGGAGUUAUUGGAAGCAUGCUGUUUGUUAGCUUCCCUACCACCCGUCACAGCAUUGGCUCCACAUUCUCUUCACAAUAA